AUAAAAACACGUAUGUCUCCCUGAAACAAUUCUUUCUUCAACACCUCGAGGGCCCUAACUAUGGCGGCAAUUCCAAUUUUCAAUCCGACCAUCCCAUUUCUAGGUGAAAUAGUCGGUGGUCUACAUCCCGGUAAACGCCUUCACAUUGUCGGCCAGGUUACCACUGCGGAAAUGUUCAACAUUAACAUUCAAUCUGGUGCGGCCAUCAAUCCUCGCGAUGACACGCCGCUUCACAUCAGCAUUCGACCCAGUGAUAGGAAGAUUAUAAUAAAUACCUACCAGAAUGGUGCAUGGCAAAAGGAGGAAAACGGCAAGUGUCACAUAUCAAAAGGAGACAAAUUCAAAAUGAUUAUCAAAGUGAAAAAAUCGCACUAUACUGUUAAAAUUGAUGGGAAAAAAAUUUGCAAAUUUAAGCAUCGGCUGCCGGUGCAGCAAGCAAAGUUCAUCCACGUAGGUAUGGGCGGUAUGAUAGAAUCUAUUACGGAGACUGCGUAAGAUGCAAUUGAGUUUUUGU